UGAAGAAACUGGCAGGUGGGGCCGGACGGGACAAGACGAGCCGCCGCCUCGAGGUUCGAAGGGAGCGGAGCGGACUGGAGCAAGCCGGCGGCGAUGGCGACGAUGGCAGCGGAUGGAUUGCCGGUCGAGCCGCAGUCGUUGAAGAAGCUGAGCCUGAAGUCGCUGAAGCGCUCGCUGGACCUCUUCGCCCCCGCCCAAUCCCUCCUCUUCGCGCCCGACGCCGAGAGCAAGAGGAUUCGCACCGGGUGCAAGGUGAGGUCCGAGUACGGGGCGGUGAAGGAUCUGCCUGCUGAGCAGGGGCGCGGGCAGGGCAAAAGGACUUCGGCGCCGUCUGCAGCGUUGGCGUUGCCAGGCACACAAGAUACAGAAGAUGCUCACAGAGAAGGCACUAGUAAUGCCAUUGUCCCUGCACCUCUUAUGCUACCAAAAGCACCUGAAUCUACAAUUCCUGGCAAAAAUACAACUUUGUCAAUUCCUGGAUCAUCUGACAGAUUUUCUACAUCGGCUCUGAUGGAAAGGAUACCAAGUAGAUGGCCACGGCCUGCAUGGCAUGCUCCUUGGAAGAACUAUCGGGUCAUCAGUGGCCACUUGGGUUGGGUGCGUUCUAUAGCGUUUGAUCCGGGCAAUGCGUGGUUCUGUACAGGUUCAGCUGAUAGGACAAUAAAGAUAUGGGAUCUUGCAUCAGGAACACUGAAGCUUACUCUGACUGGUCAUAUUGAACAAGUUCGUGGACUUGCUGUCAGCCAACGGCAUACUUAUUUAUUUUCUGCUGGUGAUGACAAACAAGUAAAAUGUUGGGACCUUGAACAAAACAAGGUUAUUAGGUCUUACCAUGGGCAUCUGAGCGGUGUUUACUGCCUCGCUCUCCAUCCAACUAUUGAUAUAUUACUGACUGGCGGUCGAGAUUCAGUUUGCAGGGUGUGGGACAUCCGGACGAAAGCGCAUGUUUCUGCUUUGACAGGUCACGAUAACACUGUCUGUUCAGUGUUUGCGCGGCCUACGGAUCCUCAAGUUGUAACUGGCUCACAUGAUACAACUAUCAAACUCUGGGAUCUUGUUGCUGGGAGGACUAUGUGUACUCUUACACACCAUAAGAAGUCUGUUCGGGCUAUGGCACUGCAUCCAAAGGAGAAAUCAUUUGCAUCAGCAUCAGCGGACAACAUAAAGAAGUUUAGCCUGCCCAAAGGGGAAUUCCUCCACAACAUGCUGUCUCAGCAGAAAACUAUCAUAAAUUCUAUGGCUGUAAAUGAGGAUGGUGUCAUGGCAACUGGAGGGGACAAUGGAAGCCUGUGGUUUUGGGACUGGAAGAGUGGCCAUAACUUUCAACAAGAGCAGACUAUAGUCCAACCGGGAUCAUUGGAGAGUGAGGCAUGCAUAUACGCCCUUUCUUACGAUGUCAGUGGAUCUAGGCUUGUGACUUGUGAGGCAGAUAAAACUAUAAAAAUGUGGAAAGAGGAUCUAACCGCAACACCAGAAACCCAUCCCAUCAACUUCAAACCACCAAAGGACAUCCGGCGAUAUUGAUUUUCCCAGGCUGAGGAUUGUUGUUUUUUGGAACAAAAAGUUACAGGAUUGUUGUAGAUGCCAUGAAGCCCAACCGGUUAGUUUACUGGACCCAGUUCAAAUUUGGGCACACUUCCCCUGUGCACGUUGCUGGGGCUGUAUGGAUGCUGCAGCUGUAGUUGUCAUGCUGAAUUUGUAUCACUUUGACAUGCCUACUUCAAUUUUGUGGAUUAAACCUAAUUUGCUUCGGGGAGUUACAUUUGGAA